AUUGGGUGGAAAUACAACAAAUUAGUAGACCCUAAUAAUACAAGUCGCAUGAUGUGUAACUUUUGCAAUAAAGUUACAACUGGUGGGAUAACUAGAGCAAAGCGACAUCAAAUAGGGAUUAAGGGAGAUGUGGCAGCUUGUCCUAGUUGCCCACAAAUGGUUAGGGAUGAAUUGUUUGCAAACCUUCAAAAGAAAAAUUUAGAGAAGGAUAUGUUAUCUGGUGGCAAUAGUAGUUUUGAUGAUGAUUUUGGUUUUGGUGAUGAUGAAGAGGAAGUUGAAUUAAGAGAAUUGCCAAGAGGAUUUGUUGGUUCUAGUUUAUCUAUUGGAGGGUCUAAGAACAAGAAGGCUACGACAACCGGAAGAGCUAAAGGCCCGAUGGACUUAUUUAUGUAUCAAAAGCCAGAAGCUGUUCUUGAAAAGAGAAAGUUGAAACAUGACAAGGGUAGACAAUUAAAUAUGAAAGAGUAUGACAAAGAAAUGAGGCCAUUGACAAUUCAAUAUAUUGCCCGAUUCUUUUAUGAAAAUGGGAUUGCAUUCAAUGUGGCCCGUUCAACAAGCUUCAAAAAAAUGGUAGAAGCAAUUGGGCAAUAUGGACCAAAUCUCCGGCCUCCUAGUUAUCAUGAACUGAGGGUUUCUUGCCUUAACAAGGAGUUGGAGCACACAAAGAAGCUGUUGGAAUACCAUAAGAGUCAGUGGACAAGAUAUGGGGUUACUCUUAUGUCCGAUGGUUGGACAGAUAGGAAACAAAGGAGCAUCAUUAAUUUCUUGGUCAAUUCUCCUGCUGGUACAAUGUUUAUUAAGUCCAUUGAUGCUUCCUCUUUUGUAAAAACUGGAGAAAAAUUGUUUGAGUUGAUUGAUGGUGUGGUGGAAGAGAUUGGAGCAGAAAAUGUUAUUCAACUUGUUACAAAUAAUGGAAGCAAUUAUGUUGCAGCCGGUAAAUUAUUGGAGGAAAAGAGAAAGCAUAUAUUUUGGACUCCAUGUGCUGCACAUUGCAUUGAUCUUAUGCUAGAAGAUAUUGGAAAGAUUUCAAAAGUGAAGCGGACAAUACAAAGAGCAAUGAGUCUUGUUGGAUUCAUCUACAACCACUCAAGUACCCUAAAUUUGAUGAGGCAAUUCACUAAUAACACUGAGUUGGUUAGACACGGGUUGGCUAAAGACUCCAAAGGAGUAAAAGCAAUGCAAACUGUGAUGGCUGCUACAUUUUGGAAUGGUGUAUUGCAUGCUCUUAAAGUUAUGGGCCCCCUUGUUAGUGUUUUACGACUUGUUGAUAGUGAAAAGAAACCGGCUAUGCCUUAUAUUUAUGAGGCAAUGGGCAAAGCAAAGGAUGCCAUCAAGAGAUCACUAAAUGAGGAUGCAAGCAAAUACAAUGAAAUUCUUGAUAUUAUUGAUAGAAGAUGGGAAUGCCAACUUUAUCGUCCUUUGCAUGCAGCAGCUUAUUAUUUAAACCCGGCAACCUUUUAUGGCACUCCAAACAUGGAUUUAGACUUGAGGCUUACGGGUGGAUUGAUGGAGUGUAUUAAGAAGAUGGAACCUGAUAUGGAGAUGCAACUCAAAAUAUAUGAGGAGGUGGCAAUUUAUAAUAGAGGUCAAGGCCGUUUUGGUGAAGAGUUGGCAAUUGCAUCAAGGGCUUCAAAGGCUCCUGUUGAAUGGUGGACAUUGUUUGGGCAUUCAGCUCCAAAUUUGCAAAAACUUGCCAUUAAGAUUUUGAGCUUGACAUGUAGUGCAUCUGGGUGUGAGCGUAAUUGGAGUGUUUUUGAGCAAAUUCAUUCUAAGAAGAGAAAUAGACUUGAGCACCAAAAGAUGCAUGACUUGGUUUUUAUAAAAUACAACCAAGCACUCAAAGCUCGAUAUGAUUUAAGAGAUGAGAUUGACCCCAUUAGUUUAAGUGAUGUUAAUUAUGAGAAUGAGUGGUUGAUUGGAGAGAUGGACAAGGACAACAAUGAAGAUGCUGAAAAUGAUUUAGUCUUUCCAAAUGAAAAUUUGACAUGGGGAGAUGUUGAAAGGGCAUCGGGAGCAACAGAAAUUAGAACUUAUACUAGGGGGCAAGCAAGAAAAAAUGCAAUCCCAACUCCAACCUUUAGAACUCCAAUUACAACCUCUAGAUCUAGAGUUGUUGAAGAAGUAGCUAAUUUAAAUUUUGAAAAGUCAGACGAGGAAGAGGAGUUUGAGACAAGUGCAGGUGAAAAAGGCCAAGUUGAUGAUAAUGAUGAUUAUGAGGCUGAGGAAGAGGAAAUGGAAGCUGAAGGGAGUGACUUUGAUUAUUAGAUUCAUGAUAAACUUUAUAUUCUUAA